UGGCGCCGCGCCACCUCCACCCGCGGCUUCCUCCUGUCCCACCACGCCCGCCAGCCCGCCCUCCCCCUCCAGUACACCCACAGCAUCGUCGCCGACGGCGGCGAGUCCCUGGACGUCGUCCCCUUCGACCACCGUGCAGGGGUCGCCGCCGCCGACCGGUUCCAGUGCGUCGCGCGACUGCAAAGGGCUCCACACUUCUAUCAUGCUCCCCGCUUCUAUCUGGAGGCCUCCUGCGACGGCCUCCUCGUUCUCUCCUUCGGCUUUGACGACAUCUGCAUCUGCAACCUGGCAACUCGACAGUAUGCUCCGCUCCAGCAGGUUCAUGGAUUCAGCCCCGUGGAGCUGUAUCCUCACCCCUCUACCGGUGAGUACCGACUGUUGCUGUACCAGGGUGAAGAUCAAGAUGCCAUCUACGUUUUCACAGUAGGCUCCGGCCAGCCGCCGAGGCACAUAAGCUGCCCUGAUCCGCUCGAACUGCAAGAUUGCCCUGGACUCCUGUUCCAUGGUAGCCUAUAUUGGUACAUAGGCAACCGGAUAAUGGUAUUCGACACCACCGCCGAGUCGUUCCGGCAGAUCCGUGCUCCGGUGGCCAGUGACCACGCCCGACUAUUUGAGAUGGGUGAUAUGCUUGGUGUCUCGUCUCUUAAUGAUGAGGAGACAGCCAUUGAUAUCUGGGUGAUGCGGGACUACCAAGGCGAGGUCUGGGAUUUCAAGCGUCGGAUUGACUUGCCGGCCGCGGAGAUCAGGCACCAGUGUCAAUGUUCUCUCUCUGAAGAGGAUGUGAUGGUUGUGCCUGGGGACGGUGAGUUGGUCGUGCUGGUCGGUUGUAAUGGCUGGCUGUUUCAGGUUGAUGUCAAUGGCAAGUUGAUUGCUAGUUUCCAACCCAGAGGCCUCAAUUCUACUCUAUAUGUGCUCAAGCAGACUCUUGUUCAACAUACCUUUUUUCCGGCACUAGAGGGUUAUGUUGUGAAUGCCUUGCCUUUUAUCUGACCAGAUGAUUAUGUUAUCAGCACUUAGAGGGCUGUUCAGUCUGGUGGUGUUUCUUAUCGGCCUAGCUCCCCGUAUCCACAUGAGCUGCAAUAUGUAUGAACUAGAUUCCCGGUUAUGCUGUCAACUCGUAGCCCUUCACCUGAGA